GUUGUCUGUGAAUAUAAAGUUGAAAAUAUACGGUAUAAAUAUUAGCAGUAAGUAUAGAAUAUUUUAUUUACGCAUGUAAACUAAGAUUUUGUAUGGUUAAAUUGGCUACAAGGUUUCUAUUUGGCGUUUUAUUUAUACAUAUAAAAUAAGGUUUUGUAUAGUUAAGUGUUGAUAUUUAUCGCUAAAGUUAACUGUUAUAUGUAACACAAGAUAAAGGCUAUGUAGGAGUUAGUCUUGCAAAAAGGCAAUGUCGUCUGCAUCGACGUCGAAAGCACCAAAUUUUGCAAACCGAACGUUUGAAGAACAAGACCUCCAGUUCGUUAUAAUUGGUAUCCUGUUAUGUUUAACUGUAAUUUUUAGUAUUGUGGUCGUAUUAUACUACCUCAAACGGCGGCCAAGGUAUCCGUUCUUAACAAAGCAUGCCAUGAGAGCCGAAAAAAAUUACUACGCUGCAAUAUCGGUACCCCGGGAACGAGGAAUCGAUUCUGCGGGGAGAGAAGCACCUGAAACACCGCAGGAAGAAAUUUAUGCUACGGUCGACAGUCUACGAAGUACACCAACCAAUACACCGUUAACUCAAUACGGACAAGCGACUGUAAAUACUGGGCAGCGAUCUAUCAGUGUUGCAACGAUUGACGCCACCAUGACGUCAUAUUUGAUAACUUCAUCGAAUUUUUCAUCGCCUAUUCAACAGUUAUCUUUACCAUCGUUACCAAGCUUGAACGACACGACAAGCAGUAGUGAAACAGAAUACGCGAACCUUGGAGUAUCGUUGACAAAUAGCAUGAAGGAUAUAUCCGUGUCAAAGUCGCCAAACUUAAAACGGGUGUCAAGAUCUUUACAGACUUCUCCUACCGUGGGUCGUGACCGAAGCAACAAUUUUAAACCAGUUUCGAAAUCGCUGAAGGACAUUAGAUUUGGAUAAAUAUGCAAUAUUCUUGAAAUAUUACAUCGCUUAAAACACUGUUACAUCUUUUUCGAAGAUAAUAUAUGCACUAGGGUGGGGAAGAUAGGACACCUUUUGACUCUACUUUCUCGUCUCAUUUAGUAGUAAACAAAGAACAUUUAAAGAAUUAUAAAACCAUAUCCUUACGACUCCUAUAGACCGUUGUAAAUUGUUUAAAACACGAUCAGGAUAUUUGGACAUUAUGUUCUAAAGGUGUCCCAGCAUCCCCCCACCCUAGUAUGUCAUAUAGGCUUUGGUCAAGAAAACAUCUGUAGAAUUUACGCUUGUUUGCACACGAAUACAAACUUUUAACUGUUUAAUAAUUUAUACUAAUCUAUUGUAUGUAGCGCCAUUAAAGGCUUGUUUCCUCUCGUUACGGUUUACAUAUUUUGAAAGAAUCAAUAAUUUAA